GAAUUCUUUCCUUUUUAAGUUUAAGAGUUGCGAUCUGCGUUAUGUUUCAGUAAUGACUUGCGUAAAUAACGUAGUGCAGGAUUCAUAGUAUGUACGGUUGUAACGUGACCGGUUAUUCACUGUUGCUUCAGCACGGCAGACCCGCCGCGCGCUCUCACUCAGGUGCAGUGUUUAUGUGCAAGAGAAAGUGCGUGAUGAAAAACUACCUCAAAUACACUAACGUGUGUUAGGUCACAUCUUGUGCAAUAAAUCAUCAAAUAAAUAUGAUGACUCCGACUCCUUGACAAGAGUUCUGCAGCGGUCAAUAAAUAUUAACCAGCAUUCAGUGGGGCAAUCCCCAACAUUGGUCCUUCGAGCCGGAUCUAUUGACUACUGCAGUGAUAUCAUUGAAAGAGCAAGCCACUUCUCUCCCUCAAACUGAGACGUCAGACAGACCCUCACGGCAUCGUCGCACACCCAGGCAUCUGGAAGAGUAUCAUGUUGACUAUGGCCAUCACCGACCUGCUCUCUUCUCCUCACCCACAGAAGAGGUGCAAGUGGAGCAGAGAGGAGCAGCAGCCGCAGUGGGCCUAGCUAGUCAGUCACGAACAGUCUCCAGACAAGGUGAGCACCCAGACACAAGCUCCAUGGAUUUGUUGAGCAUGAGUUCAUUGAGGAAAAUGUUGAAGACUAUUUCUGACAAAGAGAAGGAUGAGGCUGCUGAUAUGGCUGCACUUCACAGUAAUCUUCAACAAUAUGAAAAACGACAGCGUCGGCGUAAAGAGCUGAUGGAACAUAUCACGUCGUUCUUGAGGGAAGAAGAGGAUGAGGAGGAUGAUCAAAGUGAAAAGCAUAUAACACCACCAGUACGAUCCCCUUCAGUAACUUCUCCACGUUUGCCUCCCUCAAGUCAUACUACUCCAUCACAGUCACCUGACAUUGAGCUACCUACCCAAGGAUGUGUGAGUGACAUGCAAAAGAAUGCAAGUAAAUCUCCUGUGGAGGCUGAGGAUUUUAACUCUGGAUUUGUUCCAAUAUGUCCAGUCAGUUCAAUCCCCUUGUAUUCACCAGUAUCUUCUGGAACUAUACCUACUGUUUCACACCAACAGCAACCUGCUACAAGAGCAGAGACUGUGCCACCACUGUUUACGAAGCAGUCCCCCAUUUAUGAUGCUGGAAAGGCUUUUCAACCUCAAGUGCAGCCACCUUUAAUGGCACCUAAGCCAGUCUACCAGCACCUUAAUGCAGUUUAUGGCUAUUUGACAGGGUCACCUUCACAACAGCAGUUUACUGCUCUGCCUACAGCAAGUUUUGCGACUCCUCAUUAUACUCUUAUGACUCCAGCAGCAUCAGUCUCUCAAACCCAGCCUAGAGUUCCAGUUAUGACACUAAAUCCUCCUGCCUUUGAUACCCCCUCUCUGCAGCCAUUUAAUAAAGCACUGAAUCCAACUGAAUACUUUGUGCCUCAACGCCCUUUGCAUGCUGCCCCACAACCAAAGAUUCCUGAUUUUGUGAAUGACAAUGAAAGGGAAUUUGCUAACCUGAAGUUAGCACUGGACAACCUUCUUGAACCACAUGCAGAGCUAGAUGAGAAAUACAAGUACCAUAUUUUGCUGGAGCACCUCAAAUUGCCUGAAGCACAGAUGAUUGGCCAGUCUUGUCGCCAUCAUUUGUACCCAUAUUCAGCAGCUAUGCAAACCCUUCAGUUGCAAUAUGGUCAACCACACCAACUGGCUCAGAGCGAAAUAGCAGCAAUCCUCACAGCCCCAGAGGUCAAACCAAAUGAUGCUCACAGCUUCCAGAGUUUCGCUCUUCGUGUACACCUCUUAGUGAGUAUGCUUUUGUCGUUGGAGGGUACCAGAGGGAUGGAGUUGAACUGUUGUUCACAUGUAGAUCGUUUACUCAGUAAGCUGCCCAAGUACUUAAGAGAUGGCUUCAUAGAGUUUCUCCAGCUGAGAGGGAAGCUAAACUCCCCAAGUAUUAACCCGUACAACCUACAAGACUUUGCUGGAUGGCUCCAAGUCAAGGCUCAGCAACAGCGACUUUCCAGUAGGUUAGUGCAACGUUACCAGUAUGAAAGAGCACUCAGUAGUUCAAAGGAGAAGAAUGCAGCUAAACCGAAAAGCCAAAGUACAACCUUGUAUCAUGGUGUAUCACCCACAGAGACUAAACCAUCCUCCAGUCCUAAGGUGUCUUGGAAAAGAACAUCACCCAAAGUUAUCUGCCUAUUCUGUGGCAGCAAAGAUCACUACAUCACUCGAUGCAGUAGUAUCAGAGAGCAGCCUGUUGCUGAACUUUGCAAGUGGAUUUCGGAGGAAAAGCACUGCUGGAAAUGUGCUCGUUCCCAUGCCCCCGAGACCUGUAAUCUAAAGAAACCCUGCAGUGACUGUGGUGGUAUUCACCUUCAAGUGCUUCAUGGUGUGGCCCAAAGUUAUACAACUAACACAGCAUCAGCUAACUCUGAGAGCCGUAUCUACCUCUUACCAUCCAUUGCAUCAGGCAGAGUCCUUCUGAAGGUGGUACCAGUGCUGCUACAUCACAGAUCAAAGACAUUUGAGACUUAUGCUAUACUGGAUGAUGGAGCACAGCGCACCAUGAUCCUGCCCACUGCUGUCCAGCAACUGCAGCUGAAAGGCGAACCUGAGACUCUAGCCCUUCGUACCGUCCGACCAGACACUACUCACCUCAGUGGCACAAAAGUCACCUUUCAAAUCUCUCAGAGAAAUAACCCAGAGAAACGUUAUCAGGUUUUAGGAGCAUUUACAGCUUCUGGUCUUGAUCUGGUAGAACAAACAUACCCAGUUCAGGCUCUUCGGAGACGGUAUGCACAUCUAAGGGGAGUUCCACUACAGCCAUUUCACAAAGUGCAUCCGCUUGUACUCAUUGGUUCGGACCAAGUUCAUCUCAUUACAGCCAAAGAGCCAAUUCGUCAAGGCACCAAAGGGGGUCCAGUAGCAGUCCAUACAGCUCUUGGGUGGGCUCUCCAAGGAACAGUAAUGGGUCCCACAGACCAGGCACCAGUGCAGCAAUGUUUCUUUAUCUCCACAGCUCACACAGAUGAUCUUCUCUACAGAAAUGUGGAAAGGUUAUGGCAAUUGGACGUAUUGCCCUUUCGCAAUGAGAAGCUGGUGGUCCGGUCCAGACAAGAUAACGAGGCUAUGCAGCUGCUUGAGUCUCAAACGCAGCAAGACAGUGUACAGGGUGUACAACGUUAUGCCACCCCACUUCUGUGGAAGACAGGUGCCCUUAAGCUCAAGGGAUCUAUGCAAUCUGUUCUUGCAAACCUAAGAAGUACUGAAAGGAGACUCCAGAAAGACCAUGUGAAGGCCUCAAUCUACUCAGGAGAGAUUGCUAAACUCAUUGAAGCAGAUUAUGUAGCCAAACUGAACCAAAGGGAAGCAGCCCAGGCAGAAGAAUCAUGGUACCUGCCCCACCAUCUGGUGAGCCAUAACAAUAAACCACGACUGGUUUUUAACUGUUCAUUCAAACACCAGGGUCUUUCUCUUAACAAUCAACUCCUGCCUGGCCCUGCUCUUGGACCAUCACUGUUGGGCGUCCUUCUGAGAUUCAGAGAGCAUCAUGUGGCUGUAAGUGCAGAUAUUAAGGGCAUGUUCCAUCAGGUUCGUCUCCUACCAAAGGACAGACCCUUUCUCCGUUUCAUUUGGAGAGACCUGCAGAGCGAGAACCCUCCAGAUGUAUAUGAAUGGCAGGUCCUACCAUUUGGUACAACAAGCAGUCCAUGCUGUGCCAUCUUCGCUCUGCAACAUCAUGCUCAUAAUUCUGAAGCCGAAUAUCCAGGGUUACAAGAAAUAGUACACCAGAGCUUCUAUGUGGACAAUUGUCUCACAAGCUUUCGUACUGUUGCUGCAGCCAAACAAAAAGUGGAUCAACUACGCAGCAUGUUAGCAAAAGGAGGAUUCAACCUCAGACAGUGGGCUAGUAGUCACCCAGCCGUGAUUGCUCAUCUUCCUACUGAAGCCCGCUCCUCCGCUACAGAGCAGUGGUUGGUCCAAACCCAUGUUGAACCAAUGGAGCCUACAUUGGGGCUUCGUUGGAACUGCACAACUGAUAGCCUUGGCUAUCAUUACCGGCCUAUUGAGCAUGCAGCCCUGACAAUGAGAACAGCCUACCAGGUGCUGGCAUCUCAGUAUGAUCCAUUGGGGUUUAUACUACCAUUUACCACAAGGGCUAAGGUAAUCAUCCAACAGUUGUGGACAAAAAAGAGAGACUGGGAUGAUCCAAAUCUACCGCCAACCCUUAAGGCGGCCUGGAUAAUUUGGGAGAGUGAGCUAGAACAUCUCAGGACAUUAUCCAUUCCUCGCUGUUACCUAACGGUCUUCACAACUCCAGCAGAACAGAACAUUUCCCUCCAUGUGUUCUGCGAUGCCUCUGAAAAAGCAUAUGGGGCAGUGGCAUAUUUUGCAAUUCAAUCCGACAGUGUCAUUCACGUUUCCUUCAUAAUGGCCAGAUCGAGGGUUGCUCCAAAGAGGCAGCAGUCAAUGCCUCGUCUGGAGCUUUGUGCUGCCUUAGCUGGAGCACAGCUAGCCAAACUGGUGAGGAAUGAGACCACUCUCUCCAUCAGUCAGACAAUCCUAUGGACAGACUCCUUGACUGUGCUGGAAUGGAUUCAAUCAGACUCCUGUCGAUAUAAAGUGUUCGUCGGAACUCGAGUCUCCGAGAUACAGGAGCUAACUGAUCACAGAUCAUGGAGGUACGUGAAUACACAGGACAACCCCGCUGACGACAUAACACGAGGGAAAUCACUCCAAAGUCUGGCUGAGCCUAGUCGCUGGAGUCAAGGACCUCCAUUCUUGAAACAAAACGAAGAACACUGGCCUAAAAAACCUGAACUCACCCAGUCAGAGGGAGUAUCCGAAUUAAAAGGACUUCCAAGCUACUGCCUAAUAGCAUUUGACAUUGUCUCCAACCUCCCUGAUUCUACCCAGUUCAAAUCAUGGUGUGAAUUAGUAGAAGCAACUCAACGGGCCUGUCAUGGGGCGGCCACAUCGGAUUGUGCUUCCAGUGAGCCUAUAACAAGCAAAGAGGCAGAAGCUGUCCUGAUAAGAGCAUGCCAACUCCAGAGCUUUCCUGAAGAAGUUGCUGCCCUCAAGGCAAAGAAACCAGUUCCUGCACACAGCCGAUUAGUCAGUCUUGCUCCAGAAUGGGAUCCACUGAAAAACAUGAUAAGAGUUGAAGGCAGAUUAAGAAGGUUAGCAAACUCAGACCCAGAACAAAUCCACCCUAUUGUGCUGGACUCCAGACACACAAUAACGAAGCUCCUUAUCAAAGAAUUUGAUGAGCGUCUGUUACAUCCAGGAACAGAAAGAGUCUACGCUGAAAUAAGGAGACAGUACUGGAUUCUUAGAGGGUGUCAGGCCAUAAAGUACCAUCAGCUACACUGUCUGUCCUGUCAGCGAUGGAGAGCUUUCCACUCAACUGGUGUUGACUGCUUUGGCCCAUACCUGGUCAAAAUCGGGAGAAGAAAUGAGAAACGCUGGGGACUAAUCUUCAAAUGUCUUACAACUAAGGCAGUACACAUUGAGCUCCUCAAUUCAAUGGAUGUAGAUGCCUUCCUUCUUGCGCUCCGCCGGUUCAUAGCCAGAAGAGGUAAACCACACGAGAUCCGUUCGGAUUGUGGCACCAAUUUCCGGGGAGCUGACAGAGAAUUACGGGAAGCUUUCUCAAUUAUGGAGCCAGAACUCAAAGUUCAGCUUUCAGACUAUCAAAUUAGCUUCAUGUUCAAUCCACCUAGUGCUCCACACUUUGGCGGAAUAUGGGAGCGUGAAGUCCGUUCCAUAAAGAAUGCUCUCCUGGUGGCUCUCGGAACGCAAGCUGUCACAGAAGAUGUUCUGUCCACAGUCCUAGUGGAAGUAGAAGGGAUCCUCAAUUCGAAACCAUUAGGAUAUGCCUCAUCAGAUGUUGCUGACAUGGAUCCGAUUACUCCUAAUAUUCUCCUUAUGGGGCGGCGGGAUGCAUCGCUGCCUCAGGUGGCAUACGCUCCAGGAGACAUGGGGCGGCGGCGAUGGCGGCACUGUCAGAACAUGGUGGACCAGUUCUGGAUUCACUUCACUAGAAACCACUUGCCUACGCUCCAGACCCGACAGAAGUGGCAUAAGGCUUCAAAGAACCUGGAAGUUGACUCUGUCGUACUGAUUGUGGAUCCGCAGCUCCCAAGAGCUCAGUGGCCCAUAGGCAGAGUUCGAAAGACAUUGCCCAGUAGUGAUGGAUGUGUGCGGACUGCUGAAAUCGUCGUUAAUGGUAAAGUUUACACCAGACCAGUUGCCCGCCUGAUAGAGUUACCUGCUUUAGAAGGUAAUACCAAAGACAUUUAGAGAAUUCCCUUUAUUACCCAUUUGCUGCUCAAAUGUGGGGGCGGCUGUUGUGAAUUCUUUCCUUUUUAAGUUUAAGAGUUGCGAUCUGCGUUAUGUUUCAGUAAUGACUUGCGUAAAUAACGUAGUGCAGGAUUCAUAGUAUGUACGGUUGUAACGUGACCGGUUAUUCACUGUUGCUUCAGCACGGCAGACCCGCCGCGCGCUCUCACUCAGGUGCAGUGUUUAUGUGCAAGAGAAAGUGCUAACUUUAACAGUGUUUAUGAUGUUAUUGAUGUUAUUGAUGUUUAGCGAUCUUUUUGAGUGUAAUUUGAUCCUAUUUAACGAGCGGUUUAGCCCGCUAGCAUCGCAGCGUGCAUUGUUCAUGUUUACAAUUUUAUUACAUUGAAGUGACAUUUCAUGGUGAUAAUACCUUCCAGCAGCUAUUAUUACUAACUUCUGUAUUAAUGAUACAUUCUCAUUUCUAUAUAUAUUUUAUAUUUCGAUGUUUGUAAUUUUACUAAGCAGACUAUUCUCACAGAUAUAUUGCUGAUACAGUUCUCAGUUAAUAUUCUAUAUAUCAGCGCAUUUCACAGUUGUUUAUUAUAGAGUUUGUUAUAUGUUGAGUUAUUGGUAAUAUGUGAACAAUGAGUAUUUAUAUCUGUUGUUUUAUUUAUUUCAGAAACUACCUCAAAUACACUAACAUGUGUGUUAGGUCACAUCUUGUGCAAUAAAUCAUCAAAUAAA